CUUCCUGAGCUACCUGGUGCCUGCUUGUUUGCCGUCCGGGGUCGCCUGCCUGCCUGCCUGCUGUUGCUGCUGUCUGUCCGCUGCUCGGCUCGGAGACUCGGGGAUGCUCCGGAGAUGGGAUUGAAGCGCGCAAGCAGCAAAGUGUCGGACGGAGUUUGAGACAAUAGGAGGGUGCUUUUCGUUACUUCUGAAAACUGAAAGUGAUCGCUGGAUGGAUUUUUGUUUCGGAGGAAUUUGAAAUAAAAUACUCGGGGUGAAAAUGAAGCUGCUGAAGCCAAGCUGGGUGAGCCACAAUGGUAAACCCAUAUUUUCAGUUGACAUCCACCCUGAUGGGACAAAAUUUGCAACUGGUGGCCAAGGGGAGGAUUCAGGGAAGGUGAUGAUCUGGAACAUGGCACCGGUCCUCAGAGAGGAGGAUGAGAAAAAUGAGAAUAUUCCCAAAAUGCUUUGCCAGAUGGACAAUCACUUAGCCUGCGUGAACUGUGUGCGCUGGUCCAAUAACGGGUUGUACCUGGCCUCUGGAGGAGACGACAAGCUGGUCAUGGUGUGGAAGAGAGCUGCGUUCAUUGGUCCGAGCACAGUGUUUGGGUCAAGCAGCAAACUGGCCAAUGUGGAGCAGUGGAGGUGUGUCACCAUCCUGAGGAACCACACUGGAGAUGUGAUGGAUGUGGCCUGGUCUCCUCACGAUGUGUGGCUGGCCUCCUGCAGUGUGGAUAACACCAUUGUGAUCUGGAAUGCUCGCAAAUUCCCAGAGAUGGUCACUACUCUGCGAGGACACACUGGCCUAGUUAAAGGCCUCACAUGGGAUCCAGUAGGGAAAUACAUCGCCUCCCAGGCUGACGACCACAGCCUCAAAGUGUGGAGGACCGUGGACUGGCAGAUGGAGGCCAACAUCACCAAACCCUUCAAUGAGUGCGGUGGGACGACCCAUGUCCUGCGUCUGUCCUGGUCUCCAGAUGGUCAGUAUCUGGUGUCGGCUCAUGCCAUGAACAACUCUGGCCCCACCGCUCAGAUCGUAGAGAGAGAUGGCUGGAAGACUAAUAUGGAUUUUGUGGGCCACCGUAAAGCUGUCACUGUGGUGAAAUUCAACCCAAAAAUCUUUAAGAAGAAGCAGAAGAACGGCAGCUCUCCAAAACCCAGCUGUCCAUACUGCUGCUGCGCUGUCGGCAGCAAAGACCGAUCGCUCUCCGUCUGGCUCACCUCACUGAAGCGCCCUCUUGUGGUCAUCCAUGAUCUUUUUGAUAAAUCAAUUAUGGACAUUUCCUGGACAUUGACAGGUCUGGGAAUGUUGGUUUGCUCAAUGGAUGGCACGGUGGCCUAUUUGGAUUUCUCCCUGGAUGAACUGGGAGACCCACUGAGUGAAGAGGAAAAGAACAGCAUCCAUCAGAACAUCUAUGGAAAGAGUCUGGCCAUAACCAGCACUGAGGCUCAGCUCUCCACCACCAUCAUCGAGAACCCCGAGAUGCUCAAAUACCAACAGGAGCGACAGAACUCGGCCCAGGCCAGUUCAGGACCAGGUGGCACUGGGCCUGAAUCUUCAGCACCCAAACUCAACAGUGUGAUGAACGGAGAGUCUCUGGAAGACAUCAGGAAGAAUCUUUUGAAGAAGCAGGUGGAAACCAGAACAGCAGAUGGCAGAAGAAGAAUCACACCGCUCUGCAUCGCUCAGCUGGACACGGGGGAUUUCUCCCCAGCUCUGUUCAACAGUGUUCCCAUCCUGCCCUCGGGCUCAUCCAUGUCCAGCCAGCUCACCCCCCAGCUCAGCUCCGACUCCAGUCCAGGACAGGCCUCUUCUAUGGGGCUUAAGCCCACACAUGACCCCAUGCUUACCUCACCUCCUCCCAACAACACCGCAAAGGCACUGGAGGACAACAAUGAUGGUGUCAAGUCCAGUCUGCUGCUCACCUCUGCCUCCAAGAUUGAACCAAUGAAAGCUCUGGACUCCAGGUUCACGGAGAGGUCAAAGACUACGCCAGGCGUGACAGCCACCAUCUCCUCCACCGCUGGGCUCACACCAUUAGACAGCAGGCUGAAAGAUGGGGUCUCUGCCCAGAAGGAGGCAAAAACCAAAGAGGAGACCAGCAGCGACAGCGAGGACAAGAUGGCCGCUAUCAACAAGAACCUGACAUUUGGCAAGAGGAAACCAGAGCUGCUGCUGGAUGGAGGAGAGGUGGUGGAGAAGAAGAAGAAGGGGCGGCCCAGGAAAGACAAGAUGGCUGCUUCUAUGGCCCAACCAUUCACUCAGAUAACUCCUCCGUCAGAGCGGGAGCCCAGUAGGGCCGCAGCUCCUCCAGCUCCUGUCGCUGUUCUCAAACUACCAACACCAAGUACACAGAAGUCCUUCAGUGUGCAGGUGAGCAUGGAGCCCUCAGUGUUCCUGGAAGUGGAGAACGAGGUGUCCGUGGUUGCAGGCUCGAAGCUCAGCCAGCUACGAUGCUCCAGAGACGGACGAGACUGGAACACCCUCCUUCCCAGCUCCGUGGUUGCUGCAGCAGGGAGCAGUGACAUCCUUGCAGUCGCCUGUGAAGACAGGAUGUUGUCAGUGUUCUCUUCCUGUGGGCGGCGGCUCCUUCCUGCCAUCCAGCUAGGCACCCCUGUGUCAGCCGUACACUGCUCCGCCCACUACGUCAUGGUUCUGACUGCUGGAGCAACAUUGUCCGUGUGGGACGUUCAGAAACAGAAGGCUCUGGUCAAGAAUGAGUCUCUGCUGACUGUUUUAUCUGGAGCUGACACCACAGUGUCUCAGUCUCUGCUGACUCAGCAGGGAGUUCCAGUCAUCGGACUGUCCAAUGGGAAGUCUUACUGCUUCAGCUCCUCACUGGAGACGUGGACUCUGAUAGCAGAUAAAGGCGACUCUCUGGUCCAGUGUGCUGACUUCAGGAGCUGCCUGCUGAGCCAUGACGCACCCGUGUCCUCAGGGCCUCUGGCUGUCAUGCAGGGACGCAACCUCAAUGCCGGUCGCCUGGCUUCCCGCCUCUCCUCCACCCCUCACCACCUGCAGCAGAGCAUGACGCUGGCCUUCCUGGAGAAUCAGCUGGCCUCUGCGCUGACUCUGCAGUCAGCGCAGGAGUAUCGCUACUGGCUGCUCAUCUAUGCCCGUUUCCUCGUCAAUGAAGGCUCAGAGUAUCGCCUCCGAGAACUCUGCAAGGAGCUGCUGGGUCCUGUCCACAAAUCAGCGGCUACAUCCUGGGAGCCCACCACAUUGGGUCUACGUAAGCGUGAGCUGCUGCGGGAGGUCUUACCCGUCAUCGGUGAAAACCUUCGAUUCCAGAGACUGUUCACCGAAUAUCAGGACCAGCUGGAGCUGCUGCGCAACAAAUAACACACUGCUGCACAGACACACACGGACUUAAAACAGUUUGGUUUUCCUCAGCUCGGGUAAACUGACUGCUUUCUUCAACUUGAAACGCUGCUCUGACUUAGACCUGAAAAACACGACGCGGCGUCUCCGGAGAACUUUAACAGCAACUGGUCCUCAGCUUUUUGAGCGCUGGGAUUUUUCAGUGCUGUUGCUCACUGGAGACAAGAAAUUUUUUUCUUUUCCACUUUUCAGUUUCAACUGUCCUCUCCUGUCUUUAAUGGCACUCUGUCAUUCAGACAUAGGUCACUUUUACUGUGUGAUGCAACACAAAAUGGCCAUAUUUGGAAAAUAUUUCCAAAAGUCUUGUUGCACAUCGAUGCUAUAAAAGACGAGUGUACCUGCUUUCUGUUAAUGACCACCGAUGUUUUAAUGUAGACGUCUGUGAGAGGACUGCCCUUGGGCUCUGUUAACACUUUCCUAAUGAUGACAUUUAUGGUCUCAGUCACUGAUUUCAGGACGUACUAAAUAAAAGUUUGGGUCCUUCUAAGUGUCAGAAAGGAGGAUUAUCAGGAUAAGAUCUCUGCUUUUGAGUUUGAAUCCUCCAUUUUUUGCUCUUUACACCCAGUUUUGAAAAACAUGGCGACGGCGAAAACGUUUAUCUCGAUUCUUCGGUGUAUUAUUAAAGUGGGAUUUUACGAACUAAUCGGUGACAUCACAGUAGCUUCGUCCAUCUUUAGACUGUCCGCGGUCCCAGCAGUCGGGUUGAAAACAGCACCGAUGUUAUGAUGUAAAUGUUAGCGCUGUUAAGUGUUUUUCUUUUGUGUGUUUUAAAUUUCUGAUCACCAAUAAUGUUCAGUCAGAUAAAUAUGUCUUCUAUUGGACACUCGGUGAAAUGUUCUGUUUGUCUGUUUUUCCACUUUGCUUGUAAAUAAGCUGAACUCAGAAACACACCAGGGCUGGUAAAGCUCCGAUUUCUCCUCACGUUUCUCUGCUGCCAGGCAAUAACCACUGCAGGUCUUUCAGGAUCAAGGAGGGGAAGUUGUUUUGUUUUUGUCUGAUAUCCAUGAACUUGACAUUUGACCCAAAGGUCAUGAAACCCAUUAAUGAAGUUCACUGCAGCAGCAUUAAUACACUCCUCUGCCAGCUCGGUGUGAUUGAAGCUUGUUAACUGCUGUGUUUACUCCAGAGUGUGGACAGCAGCACAGACAAAUCCCUUUGACUUAAUACCCCCC